AUGGCGCCCAAGAGGCAAGAGCCUAUCGACGACGGCCCAGCCGAACUCUUCACAUCAGAACAUGCCGCAGAUUUCGAAGACGAGUACAAACUUCCCCGAGGAAGCGUGACCCACGCCUACCGAGUCCGUUUCGGAGAGCUAGCCCGCCUGGUCCUCACCGAGCUCCUUGAAGUCCGUCCAACAGUAGACGCCCAAGGCAACAUCAUCUGGCCUCCACUCCCCACCCUGAAGCGCAGCAAUGCCACGGCUGGGUCCAGCAGAAAGGCUUCACAGGAAGACUUCGAGAUGGCUAUAGAUCCCUCUGACGAAGACGACGAGCCCCUGCAGCCCGUCGCUGGUCCAGGUCUGAAGCGCAGCAAUGCUGUUCGCGGAAGGCGGGCCAGGACUCCCAGUCCAACUCCAAUGCCUCUGCAGCGCCGAGGAGCGAUCAGGAAGUCUUACAAUCCGGUUGCGCCCGCCUCGAAGUGGGCUGCAUCGAUUAUUCUCGACUCGGCCAAAGCAAAUGCACCGCUAAGGAGCCCGUCAAGUGAUGAGGCCAGCCCUCGGGUCAGGAGAACUACACGUUCUGGAAGAGGCAGCAAGCAAACGAGCCCGACCAAGCAAACGAACCUCAGGAGAAGUCCAACGAAGAAGAAGACGAGUCCCACGAACACGAACCCGUUCAGCAACCAGUUCGGCCCAUAUCACUCUUGA